GCUACUGAGCACUUACAGAGAAACAGAAGUGAAACUUGUAUUAGGAGCUCUGGGCUGCUGAUGUCUUUCUUGGACCGAGGUUUGACCGCUUCUAGUACUGACUUAAACAUUCUGUGUGAACCCAGACAAAACUGACACUCGGGCAUGGCUUCUUCUAGCGGCGUUGUGUCUGAAGAGCAGUUGCUGUGUUGUAUCUGUCUGGAUGUGUUUACUGAUCCAGUCUCUACUUCAUGUGGACACAAUUUCUGCAAAAAAUGUCUUGGAGGAUAUUGGGACAACAGCGACCACUGGCACUGUCCACUGUGUAACAAGAGUUUUGAGAACAGGCCAGAUCUCUCGGUCAACACUUUCAUCUCUGAAACAGCUGCUCAGUUUAGAAAAUCAGCUGAGCUCAAUGCCAGCAGCUCUGCAGAGGACAGUCCCUCCAAACUAACCAAAGUCCUGUGUGAUGCUUGUACUGGUGUCAAAAAGAAGGCUGUGAAGUUCUGUCUUAAUUGUGGAGCAUCAUACUGUGGGACUCAUCUAGAGCCCCAUAAGAACAUCCAAAUUCUCCAGAAACACAAAUUUAUUGACCCAGUGGAGAACCUGCAGGACUACAUAUGCAAGAAGCAUGAGAGACCCCUGGAGCUGUUCUGUAGAGAUGACCAGACGUGUGUGUGUCUGUUCUGCACUGUGACUGACCACAAGUCUCACAACACUGUUCCUAUAGAGGAGGAGAGUGGCGAACUGAAGGCUCAGUUGAAGAAAACCCAGAUAGAAGUGCAGAAAAGGAUCCAAGACAGAUUAGAGAAGACUGAAGAGAUCAAACAGUCACUGGAGCUCAGCAAAAAAAGCACAGAGGAUGAAAUUGCAGGGGGUGUUGAAGUCUUCACUGCUCUGAUCUGCUCCAUUGAGAGACGCCAGGCUGAGCUGCUUGGGGUGAUGGAGGAGGAGCAGAAAGCAGCAGAGAGGCAGGCUGAACACCUCAUUAAAGAGCUGGAGCAGGAAAUCACUGAGCUAAAGAGGAGAGACACUGAGCUGGAGCAGCUCUCCCACACUGAAGACCACCUUCACCUCCUACAGAUUUCCCCAUCACUGUGCAGACCUCCACACACCAACAACUGGACUGACAUCAGUCUCAACACUAAUUCCAGUGUGGAGAUUCUGAGGAGAUCACUUUCACAGCUUCAGAAAACCAUCAACAAUGAAACUGAGAAAGAAAUACAGAAAUUAAAACAAAGGAAACAAAAGGAGGCAACAGCCUUUAAAUGGUUUAUCAAGAACUGGACACAACUAGUGCUGCUAUUACCAUUACUGCCAUUAGUAUUCCUUAUGUUGAUGUCAAACAAGAUGUGGAUUCAGUUCUAUGCAGUGGAUGUGACUUUGGAUCCUGAUACAGCAAAUCGCUUUCUCAUCCUAUCUGAUGACGGAAAACAAUUGAGAUGCACAAACUUGCCACGCAAUGUCCUCUACUCCUCUAAAAGAUUUUUUUCAGAACCCUAUGUUCUAGCAAAGGAGGGAUUUUCCUCAGGGAGGUUUUACUAUGAGGUUCAGGUCGGGGAUAAAACUGAUUGGGUUAUAGGUGUAGCGGAAGAAUCUGUUGACAGGUUUGAGGAGUUCCCCGAUGGAACCUGGACUAUCGCUCUGUGGAACAGCAAUAAGUAUAAGGCAUGUGAGGGUUCCUGUAAAUCCCUCUCCAUGAGAAAGAAGCCCCAGAAGGUGGGAGUGUUUGUGGAUUAUGAGGAGGGUUUGGUCUCCUUUUAUGAUGUGGAGGCCAGAUCUCAUAUCUACACUUUCACUGGUCAGUCUUUCACUAAGAAACUCUAUCCAUUCCUUAGCCCUUGCCAUGUUUUAUUGGAACAUGGAAACUCAGCUCCACUCAUUAUCUCCAAAGAGUAUCAAAGUUACACCUGGACAGUUUUUCAAAAAAUAGGAUUGUUUUAGUCAAAUCUCACCAGUGUCUCACUUCUGCAAAUACAUGAAUAGAAAAUACAGAUAGAAAAUUUAAAUCACCAUGACACGCACUGUUAUGGAUGUGCAAACCCUUUCAUAGCAGCUCUGAUAGCAUAUUUUCAGUUGAUUAGCUAAUGGCACAAGUUAUUUACAUAUUUACUGAUCAAACUGUAAAGUGGGAAGGAGCCUUGUGUUUCUGUGCAUUAAAUGUUGGAAUUUUGAAGGCUAGUACUGUACUAUAAUUCACACUACAGUAAUCAAAUUUGUAUAAUCCUUUGCAUCUCUUCUUUCAGGCCUAAACGGUUGCAUAAUUUCAUUUUUAUUUUGUAUGCUUAUGUUCUUGUCAUUGUGAUUAUGGGCUACAGUAGUCUACUUUUAUCUAUAGUUGAAAUGCAUGAAGAUAAAUUUGGUCACAUUAUUACUGUGUGGCAUUGAGUUUUCUUAUGGGUAGUAGCAGUAUGUCAAAAAUAUCUGGAUAAUUCACUCAUUGAGGUGUAAUCAAAUUCAUUCAGAGUGGUUUGAUAUGAGAUGGUGCAUCGUAGAGAAAACCUUUACAGUGGGGGUCCAAAAUUGCACCUCAAAACUAUCAUUUAUCAAUGUUUAGGCUUAAAGAAAAAGUUUAUAUGACCAUUUUGUGUAAUAAACUCUUGUGAAGUAGCCUUUAAGGACAUUCAACCCUUCUGAUGUUCAGUUCCUAUUACCGCCUAUCAAAAAUUCCACAUCAGACCACUCUGAAUGACUUUAUUUACAUGUUAUAGAUUCAGUUAUACAGAAAUUUUGAAAAACUGGUGGAAUUCCCCUUUAAGAAGCUUUAGGCUGCCUGUAACUGUAACACAUUAGGAGCUUCUAUUAGAGCAUGUACUCUAAUACUGACUGAGCACUUUCUGUAGAAGACAAUGAGAACAGCCAACAAAAACAGAACAGCAGUUGUGCUCAAAACAGACGGCACCAUCAGCGUCCUGAAUGUUGAUGUGGAGGUGGAGAAGUGAAGAGCAGGGUCAGAGUUCAGGCUGGAUGGAGAAGUCAUUUGAGUGUGGUCUCUGUGGGAGAGAAAUGAGGAUAUGCAGUUUAAUGCUUAUGUCAAAGCUGGUCUCAUUAAUUAAGGCUACAGACAUCAGCUCUUAAGAAAAGUUGUAAAUUAGAAUUUAUCUUUUUAUUCAAAACCUUAAACAUGAUGAACUGUUUAUUAGUUUAUUCCAUAUCUUUGUGAAAUGUACAACAUUAUGAAAUACAGCAAGGAACAAGA